CUCCAAUGUUGUUCUGCAUUCUCCCAUGGCGCACUAGCAUUUCGAAAGGUCCUGCUGGACAGGCAGGAGUCAGCAUUGUGCUCGUGAAGGACAGGGUUUCUCUGUAUAGCCCUGGCUGUCCUGGAACUCACUCUGUAGACCAGGCUGACCUCGAACUCAGAAAUCUGCCUGCCUCUGCCUCCCAGAGUGCUGGCAUUACAGGCAUGCGCCACCACCGCCCGGUGAUUUGACACUUUCAUGUAGUAACAAGAGGCAGAGUUUAAUUUAUGGAAGCCACGGGCUUAUUGCUUCUAAACAGCACAAAUGAAAUAUGUUCAGCAUAUCUGCACAUGUGACUAUGCGACUGGAUUUGCUUAUAGGACAGCAAUGCCAAAUCACUGAACGACUUGAACUGCGUUGUGGGGUUGUUCCCUCAGAAUAUCCACACAUCUCCCCAGCCCACCAAUGCAGAGGAAAUUGAUUUCACGACUGGAGAUGCAGGGGCUUACAGCACUUCUCCUAUGCAGUGCUCAGCCCUGCACAAAAAUAGCUUCCUGGUGCUUAAAGGGGAACCAAGCAAAGUCAUAGAGAUGUCAACUUCCAAGACUGGGAAGCAUGGUCAUGCCAAGGUACGCUUUGUUGGAAUUGACAUUUUCACUGGCAGAAAACAUGAAGAUAUUUGUCCCUCUACUCACAACAUGGAUGUUCCAAAUAUUAAGAGAAAUGAUUAUCAAGGUGAAGUUCCCUCCUUUUUGAGGUUUCCAUUCAUUAUCCUUUGAAGGACUAGAUUUGUGGAAAGAUCAACAGAAGAGAUUCUUGGGUCCUAGAGACCAAAGAAAGAAUCAGCAGGAAUGCCCAGGGUGAAUGAUGGAUUGCAGAGCCUGGCUGAACUCAACAAAAAUCCAGUGGGAGGCUUUUCAGCAGGUUUAAUAGACGACAAUGAUCUCUAUCGUUGGGAAGUCCUUAUUAUUGGUCCUCCAGAUACACUUUAUGAAGGUGGUGUUUUUAAGGCUUAUCUCAUUUUCCCAAAAGAUUAUCCCCUCCGGCCUCCUAAAAUGAAAUUCAUUACAGAUAUUUGGCCCCCAAAUGGCAAGCUUCCUCUGAUUUGGAACAAAAUAAAAACAGGCUGGUCUUCCCUUGUACCUGACACAGGCAAAUUGAGCUGGCCCAGACAGCAGAGCUCUGUAAGGAAAAACAGUGGCUCUGUCAGCAACCAUGGCACAGGAAGGUCACCUUUUCAUCCUGGUGCUAACAUCCAGCUGGAGUGGCAGUAUUACCAAAAUAAAAUCCUGAAAGGAGAAGCAGGUACCCCAAGCCCCAGAACUGUCACGACCAUGAGAGUCAUCACAUACAAGCCUGACAGGAAUAUGUCCUCCUGCAAUCCCCAAGAGCAGCUCUCUGGAUCCCUGCAGUCUCCCAAGAAUGUAACACUCACAGGCUCCUCCUCUGGGGAUACCUUUCAGAAAGAGACACUUAUGGAGGAAAAUAACCUCACCCAGGAAGUGGCCAUCAAUCAGGAAGAAGCUGUCCAUUGGAAAGCUGUGGUCAUUCAGGAAAAGCCCAUUUCUGAUGGCCAGCCUCAGGGUGCAAGCUGAGCUUCCCCUCAAACCUGGCAAUACCACUGCAAGGGCAGGAGGAAGACAAUCAUGAACGGCCUCCAAAAUCUCUGCUGCUGCUGCCAUUCUCCCACAAGAACCCUGCUCCAAGGAAAGAAGCUGGAUCCUGGAGUCCUUCCCAGGAUCAGGCCACCAUUCGCCUUAUCAACGGGAAGUCAGAUACCCCACCAAGUUCCACACUGUGUGAGAAUGAUGGCUAUUGUGACCAGGGUGAAUCUAGAGACCCUUCUGAUGAGCAGCAACCUGCUGUGCAGCUGGGGUCCAGUCUCAUCUCAGCUGCAAGUCUCUACCUGUAGCCUGCACUCAGCUGGACACAUCUGAAGAUUGCUUCCAUUCCUUUGAGUGUGUGCACAUUUCUUGUUCUUGCCCAGGUAAGCAGGUAUGUUCUGACUAGCAGCUGUGGGGCUAACCUCAUCUAACUUCUCUAUGCUUCAGGAUGGACAGAAGUGAAGGCACAAGUGACUACAAGCCUGAGCCCAAACAUGCAGCAGAGGGAAGUGGCAAGAUGGGGCUUCAUUCUGCUGUUUCAACAUUUAGUGCCCUCUCUCCUUGGGCAAUCUCACCUGACU